UCGCCUCCUCCCAUCGGCCCUAGCUGCGCACGCGUCGCGCCCGCGCCCCUCCCACCCCCGCCCCUCUCUGGGCUCGCGGCCGAGGUGCGCGGCGUCUGGUGCGGGUGGCGCUCCCGGCACGGCCGCCCCGGAGCCGGUGAAGCCAGCGGUCUGGACGGAGGGUCGACGAGGGCAGACGCUGGGAGCAGCAGCACCGGGGGAGGCCGCCGGGUCCUCCGUGGCGGAGGAACAUGGUGUUCGAGUCGGUGGUCGUGGACGUGUUGAACCGGUUCUUGGGCGACUAUGUGGUGAACCUGGACAAGUCCCAGCUCUCGCUGGGCAUCUGGGGAGGAGCGGCAGCCUUUAAAAAUCUUGAAAUUAAGGAAAAUGCCCUGAGUCACCUGGAUGUACCAUUUAAAAUUAAAGUUGGAUAUAUAGGUAAUCUUAAUCUGAAAAUUCCAUGGAAAAACCUUUAUACUCAGCCAGUUGAAGCUGUAUUGGAAGACAUUUAUUUACUCAUAGUGCCUUCUUCUGUAAUAAAAUAUGAUCCUUUAAAAGAAGAAAAACAACUUUUGGAGGCAAAGCAACAAGAACUAAAAAGAAUAGAAGAAGCAAAACAAAAAGUAGCAGAUAGAGAUAAACAUCAUGUGGAGAAGCAGGAUACUUUUACAGAAAAGUUGGUUACUCAGAUUAUUAAAAACCUUCAGGUGAAAAUUUCCAACAUCCAUGUUCGCUAUGAAGAUGAUAUUACAAAUCGAGACAACCCCUUGUCAUUUGGUAUUUCCCUUCAAAAUCUCAGCAUGCAGACAACUGACCAGAACUGGGUUCCACAUAUCCAUGAAGACACUGAGAAACUGUUUUAUAAGUUAAUACGAUUGGAUAACCUUUUUGCCUACUGGAAUGUGAAAUCUCAGAUGUUUUAUCAUAAUAAUUAUGAUGAAUCAUUGGACAACCUGAAGAAUGGUAUUGUCAGUGAAAAUAUUGUUCCAAAAGAUUAUGAUACUGUAUUCCGCCCCAUAUCUGCUAAAGCCAAACUUCAGAUGAACCGUCGAUCAGAUUCUGACUUUUCUGCACCCAAAAUAAACCUGGAUGUUGAGUUACAUGACAUAGCAUUUGAACUGAAUAAACCACAGUAUUUCAGUGUUAUGGAACUUCUUGAAUCAAUUGAUAUGAUGACACAAAAUCAGCCAUAUAGGAAAUUCAGGCCUGAUGUACCGCUUCACUACCAUGCCAAAGAAUGGUGGUCUUAUGCUAUAAAUGGUGUUCUUGAAGUAAAAGUUAUACCUAGCUUACGGAUGUGGUCAUGGAGGUAUAUCAGAGCACACAGGCAAAAAAUGAAACAAUAUAGAGAACUAUAUAAAAAAAAGCUAACAACUAAGAAGCCACCUACUGAUGUUCUCAGCUUGUUGGAGGAGUUGGAAAAGACUCUGGAUGUAUUUAAUAUAACUAUAUCAAGACAGCAGGCAGAAGUUGAGGUAAAGAAGGCUGGAUACAGAAUUUAUAAAGAAGGAACAAAAGAUUCAGAGGAAAAUCAAGGAUGGUUUAACUGGCUGUGGACUUGGUCAGAAUCAAAAACUAAUGAACAGCCAGAUGCUAAACCUGGAAAUUUACUUGAAGAAAUGUUGACUUCUGAAGAAAAGACUUUACUCUAUGAAGCGAUUGGCUAUAGUGAAACAGCAGUUGAUCCAACCUUGCCCAAAACAUUUGAAGCUUUGAAGUUUUUUGUUCAUUUGAAAAGUAUGUCGAUUGUACUAAGAGAAAACCAACAAACACCUGAACUAUUAGAUAUUGUAGUGGAAGAAUUCAGCACUUUAAUUAUACAAAGGCCAGGAGCACAAGCAAUUAAAUUUGAAACCAAAAUAGAUUCAUUCCAUGUUACUGGUUUACCAGAUAAUUCGACAAAACCCCACCUCCUGUCUUCAGUGGAUGAUGCUGCAUCACUCUUCCAGAUUAUGUUUGAGAUAAACCCAUUAGAUGAAACUGUUUCUCAGAGAUGUGUUAUAGAAGCUGAACCUUUAGAAAUAAUAUAUGAUGCAAGAACAGUGAAUAGUAUAGUGGAGUUCUUCAGACCACCAAAAGAUGUAAAUCUAAUACAGUUCACCUCAGCUACUUUAACAAAACUUGAGGAAUUUCGUGACAAGACAUCAACAGGCCUUCUAUAUAUUAUUGAAACACAGAAAGUUCUUGAUCUCAAGAUUGAUUUGAAGGCUUCGUAUGUUAUUAUUCCACAAGGUGGAGUUUUCAGUCCUACAUCAAAUCUACUUCUUUUGGAUCUUGGGCAUCUGAAGGUGACAAGUAAAAGCCCUUCUGAAAUGCCAGAGGUGAAACAAGGUGGGGUCAAUCUCGAAGAGAUAAUGCACCGAGCUUAUGAUACUUUCGAUGUUCAUCUUACAAGUAUACAGCUACUUUACAGCAGAAAUGGUGAUAACUGGAAAGAAGCACGAAAACUCAAUGUAUCUACCCAGCACAUUUUGGUACCUAUGCACUUCAAUGUGGAAUUCUCUAAGGCAAUGGUUUUUACAGAUAUUAGGAUGCCCAAAUUCAAAGUUUCUGGAAAUUUACCAUUGAUCUCUAUACGAAUCUCAGAUAAAAAAAUGCAAGGGAUUUUGGAAUUGGUUGAAAGUAUUCCAAAACCCACACCUGCAGCUGAAACACAUGCCCCUGUCAAACCAUUUCAGAUUCAAAGAUCAAAUUCUAUUCCACCACCACAGAUUCCACAGAAAAUGUUGUCUCUCUUGGAUCUUUCAAGUAUUGAAGAUGAGUCAGAGGAUGAAUUUUUUGAUGCACCUGCUAGUCCUUUGGAAGGUCCUUUUCAAAUUCCAGCAAAGGGCAAAAGUAAUCAACAGAGAAAAUUACAAAAAGAGGAGUAUCCAAAAAAUAUGACUCAGUAUAAAAUAAGAUUUGAAGUGCCAGAGGUUUUAAUUCAGUUUUACCACCUUGUUGGAGAUUGUGAAUUACCUGUGGUGGAAAUUGUUGUUUUAGGAUUGGGCACAGAAAUUGAGAUUAGAACAUUUGAUUUGAAAGGAAAUGCCUUUUUGAAAGAAUUCUGUUUAAAAUGCCCAGAAUACAUGGAUAAAGAUAAAAAACCAGUUUAUUUGAUCACAACAUUGGAUAAUACAAUGGAAGAUCUACUAACACUGGAAUAUGUAAAGACUGAAAAAGAUGCACCCAACUUAAAAAGUACAUAUAACAAUGUCAUGCAACUGAUCAAGGUAAAUUUUUCCUCUUUGGAUAUUCAUCUACAUACUGAGGCACUUUUGAAUACAAUGAAUUAUUUUAAUAAUAUUUUUCCACAAUUGGAAGAAUCAACAUCAGUAUAUGUUGGGGAAACCGAAGACAAAGGAGAUGUUCUUAAAAAAAUAGCUUUAAAGCCGUCCAAGAAAGAAGAUAUUAUUAACUUGCAGAUUCUAGCAGAAUUAUCAUGCUUACAGAUUUUUAUUCAAGACCAGAAACAUAAUAUUUCUGAAAUUAAGAUUGAAGGACUUGAUUCUGAGGUGGUUAUGAGGCCUUCAGUAACUCAAGUAAAUGCAAAGCUAAGGAAUAUAGUUGUUUUGGAUUCUGAUAUAACAGCUGUGUAUAAAAAGGCUCUCUAUAUCACUGGAAAAGAAGUUUUCAGUUUCAAGAUGAUUUCUUAUGUGGAUGCAACUGCUGGUUCUGCGUACACAAAUAUGAAUGCAGUUGAUGUUCAACUUAAUUUAACUGUUGGCUGCAUUGAAGUAGUUUUUGUUACAAAAUUCCUCUAUUCUAUAUUGGCUUUUAUUGACAAUUUCCAGGCUGUUAAAAAUGCCUUGGCUGAAGCAACUGUGCAGGCUGCAGGAAUGGCUGCAACUGGUGUAAAAGAACUGGCACAGAGGAGUUCCCGAAUGGCACUGGACGUUAAUAUCAAAGCCCCAGUUGUGUUUAUUCCACAAUCCCCAGUUUCUGAAAAUGUUUUUGUUGCUGAUUUUGGGCUAAUCACAAUGACAAAUAAAUUCUAUAUAAUAGAGAGCAAAAGCAAACUGCCACCCAUUAUUGAUUUGAUAACGAUUAAAUUGAGUGAAAUGCGACUGUACAGGACUCAAUUUAUUGAUGAGAACUAUGACAAAGUAUUGGACCUGCUACUGCCAUUAAAUCUUGAAGUGAUUGUUGAAAGAAAUUUAUCCUGGGAGUGGUAUCAGGAAGUUCCUUGCUUUAAUGUGAAUGCUCAGCUAAAGCCUAUGGAGUUCAUUCUUAGUCAAGAGGACAUUACAAUUAUUUUUAAAACACUGUAUAGCAAUAUAUGGUAUGAAGUCAGUACUAGUGCUUCAACUGCUGGGAUUAAAGACCCUAGUCCUGCUACUAGUGGGCCUACUACUGAUGUACAUCAUGCUGGAGGAACAACUGUAGUGACAGCUGCUGUGGUAGAAGUACAUUCAGAAGUCUCUCAGGUUAAGACAACAGUAAAUAUGAGCUUCUCAACUGAUUACCUCACAAUGGUAUUAUAUAGUCCAAGACCUGACCAGGCUUCCUUUAUUGAUGUUCGUGAUCCUUCUCUGCAACUUGCUGAAUUUAAAUUAGAGAAUAUAACAAGUACUUUAAAAGUAUAUACAGAUGAUUCCACAUCUUCUACAUUUUCAUUAAAAAAUUGUAUUUUGGAUGAUAAACGAUCUCAUGUCAAGAAGGCAACUCCCAGAAUGAUAGGACUGACAGUUGGAUUUGACAAAAAGGACAUGAUGGAUGUAAAGUAUAGAAGGGUCAAAGAUAAUUGCAUAACUGAUUUACUCCUUCAAGAAGUAUACAUUUGUGCAAGUGUGGAAUUUUUACUGACAGUUGCAAAUGUCUUUCUUGAGGCUUAUGCGGCAGGAUCUGUUGUAGACACCAGUGUUCAGACAUGGACUGCUAAGGAGGAAGUACCUGUGCAAGUACAAGACAAAUGGGAAACUAAUAUUAUUAUUAAAAAUCCUGAAAUUGUGUUUGUGGCUGACAUGACAAGAAAUGAUGCUCCUGCCUUAGUCAUUACAACACAGUGUGAAAUUUGUUUUAAGAAUGACUUUGAAAACUAUACAAUGACUGCUGCCAUUAAAGAUCUCCAAAUGAGAGCAUGUCCCUUUCUUCCAGUCAAAAGAAAAGGCAAAGUCACUACAGUUUUGCAGCCCUGUGACAUAUUUAUUCAAGCCAUUCAGACAGGUACAGACCCACAAGUUUUCGAUAUAUCAGUAAAAUCUCUAACAUUAAAGGUCUCACCUGUUAUUAUAAAUACUGUGAUCACAAUAACUUCAGUACUUUAUACAUCUAAGGAAACCACCCCAAAAGAAAUUGCUGCUUCUGUAGCACAUUUAUGGGAAAAAAAGGAUACACGGAGUUUAAAAAUGUGGUUUCUUGAAGAACCAAAUAAAGCUGAAAAUACAUCUCACGUAACUGAAUUGGUACCCAAAGGAGAAAUAAUGAAAAUGAACAUUGACUCUAUUUUUGUAGUUCUUGAGGCUGGAAUUGGUCAUAGAACUGUUCCUAUGCUUCUGGCAAAAUCACGUUUUUCGGGGGAAGGCAAAAACUGGAGUUCUCUAAUAAAUCUCCAUGGUCAGCUUGAGUUAGAGGUGCAUUAUUACAAUGAAAUGUUUGGUGUAUGGGAGCCAUUGCUUGAACCCCUAGAAAUUGAUCAAACUGAAGAUUUUAGACCAUGGAAUCUUGGAAUCAAGCUGAAAAAGAAAGCAAAAAACACGAUUGUCGAAUCAGAUUCUGAAGCAGAAAAUUAUAAAGUGCCAGAAUAUAAAACUGUCAUCAGUUUCUAUUCAAAAGACCAACUAAACAUAACAUUAUCCAAAUGUGGCCUUGUAAUGUUAAAUAACCUAGCUCAGGCAUUUACAGAAGCUGCCUCUGGACCUUCAGCUCCCUUUGUAAAGGAUCUAGCACCAUUUAUGAUUUUAAAUUCUCUUGGACUUAAUAUUUCUGUUACACCAAGUGAUUCUUUUAGCAUACUCAAUGUUACAGUGGCAAAAGCAUAUAUAUUGAAAAAUGAGGAGAGUUUAAGUAUGGAUUAUGCCCGAACUAAAGACAAUGAUCAUUUUAAUGCAAUGACCAGCUUAAGCAGCAAACUCUUCUUCAUUCUUCUUACACCUGUCAAUCACUCUACUGCUGAUAAAAUUCCUUUAACAAAAGUGGGACGCCGACUGUACACUGUGAGACACAGAGAGUCUGGAGUUGAGAGAUCUGUAGUUUGUCAAAUUGAUGCAGUGGAAGGAAGUAAGAAGAUAACAAUUCGCUCUCCUGUACAGAUUAGAAAUCAUUUUUCAGUCCCACUCUGUGUUUAUGAAGGGGAUACUUUAUUGGGAACUGCUUCACCUGGAAGUGAAUUCAACGUACCAUUAACAUCUUACCGAUCAUUUCUUUCUCUGAAACCAGAAGACAAAGACUAUCAUAAGUGUGAAGGAAUUGACUUUGAAGAAAUUAUUAAAAAUGAUGGUAGUUUUAUAAAAAAGAAAUGUAGACCUACCAACCCUUCUAAGAAGGCACUUAUCAUCAAUAUUGUCCCAGAAAAAGAUGUGGUGACAUCCCUCUCAGUGUACUCAGAAGAUGGUUGGGACUUGCCAUACAUAAUGCACUUAUGGCCACCUAUCCAACUCCGAAACCUUCUUCCCUACAAAAUUGUUUAUUAUAUAGAGGGAGUUGAACAUAGAGUCUUUACUCUAAAUGAAGGACAUUCUGCCCAAAUUUGUACUGUACAGUUGGAUCAUGCCAGACUACAUUUAAAAUUACUAGACUAUCUUAAUCAUGAUUGGAAAAGUGAAUAUCAUAUAAAACCUAAUCAACAAGAUAUUAGUUUUAUCAGUUUUACCUGUGUUGCAGAAAUGGAAAAGACAGAGUUAGAUAUUGCUAUCCAUGUGACUUAUAACGUUGGGCAAACAGUUGUGGCAUUUCAUAGUCCUUACUGGAUGCUCAAUAAAACUGGCCGAUUGUUACAAUAUAAAGCAGAUGGAAUUCAUCGAAAACAUCCACCUAAUUAUAAAAAACCAGUUCUUUUUUCUUUUCAGCCAAAACACUUUUUUAAUAACAAUAAGGUUCAGCUUAUGAUAACUGAUAGUGAAUUGUCAGAUGAAUUUUCAAUUGACACAGUUGGUAGUCAUGGAUCUAUUAAAUGUAAAGGCCUGAAAAUGGAUUAUCAAGUUGGAGUCACUAUAGACCUUAGCAGUUUUAACAUCACCAGAAUUGUGACAUUCACUCCAUAUUAUAUGAUUGAAAACAAAAGCAAAUAUCAUAUAUCUGUGGCUGAAGAGGGAAAUGAUAAAUGGCUUUCUCUUGAUUUGGAUCAGUGUAUACCUUUUUGGCCUGAAGAUGCUUCUAAUAAACUCCUUAUUCAAGUUGAAAAAAAUGAAGGCCCUCCCAAAAAGAUACAUUUUAAUAAGCAGGAAAAUUGCAUUUUACUGCGUCUUGAUAGUGAGCUUGGAGGUAUUAUAGCAGAAGUUAAUUUGGCUGAACAUUCUACAGUUAUAACAUUUUCAGAUUAUCAUGAUGGAGCAGCUCCAUUUCUAUUAAUCAAUCACACCCAGAAUGACAUUAUUGAGUACAAGCAAAGUUCUCUCACUGAAAUAGAAGAUUCCCUUCCUCCUGGAAAGGCAGUAUUUUAUACAUGGACUGAUCCAGUGGGCUCUAGAAAACUGAAGUGGAGAUGUGGAAAAAGCAAUGGAGAAGUAACACAAAAGGAUGAUAUGAUGACACCUAUAAAUUUGGGGAAGAAAACCAUUUAUUUAGUUUCAUUCUUUGAAGGCUUACAACGUAUUAUUUUAUUCACUGAAGAUGCAAGGGUAUUUAAAAUGGCAUAUGAAAGUGAGAUGGCAGAGUUAGCAGAACAAGAAAUUGUGUUGGCAUUACAAGAUGUUGGAAUUUCUCUUGUCAACAAUUAUACAAAGCAAGAAGUAGCCUAUGUUGGCAUAACAAGUUCUGAUGUGGUUUGGGAAACAAAACCUAAGAAGAAGGCAAGAUGGAAACCAAUGAGUGUAAAACAUACUGAUAAGUUAGAGAAAGAAUUUAAAGAGUAUAUUGAAUCUUCACCUUCAGAAGAUAAGCUUAUUGAAUUGGAUACAAACAUUCCGGUUCGCUUCACUCCUAGUGGUACUAACAUGAAAAUAAUGCAACCACAUACAAUAGCUAUACGUAGAAAUUAUCUUCCAGCAUUAAAAGUGGAGUACAGUACAUCUGCACACCAGUCAUCAUUUAGAGUUCAACUUUACAGACUACAGAUCCAAAACCAGAUACAUGGUGCUAUAUUUCCAUUUGUGUUUUAUCCUAUUAAGCCUCCCAAAUCGGUCACCAUGGAUUCAGCACCAAAACCAUUUACAGAUGUCAGUAUUGUCAUGAGGUCUGCAGGUCAUUCCCAGAUAUCACGUAUUAAGUAUUUCAAAGUUUUGAUCCAAGAAAUGGAUCUCAGGUUAGAUCUUGGAUUUGUAUAUGCUUUAGCUGAACUGAUAACGGAAGAAGCAGUUACUGAAAAGACAGAGGUUGAACAUUUUCAUAAAGAUAUGAAAUCUCUUCAAGAGGAAUGUAAAACAGUCUCAUUAGCAGAUGCAUCACAAGUCAGUCUCUAUGAAUACUUUCAUAUAUCUCCUAUCAAGUUGCAUUUAAGUGUUUCACUGAGUUCAGGUAGAGAAGAAGCUAAAAAUUCACAACAACAUCGAGGACUGAUUGCAAUUCAUUCUUUAAAUCUUUUGCUGAAGAGUAUUGGUGCCACUCUUACAGAUGUACAGGAUGUAGUUUUUAAACUUGCCUUCUUUGAACUCAACUAUCAGUUCCAUACAACAUCUGAGCUACAAUCGGAAGUAAUAAGACACUAUUCAAAACAGGCCAUUAGACAGAUGUAUGUACUUAUUCUUGGACUUGAAGUUUUGGGAAAUCCUUUUGGUUUGAUUAGAGAAUUCUCUGAAGGUGUGGAAGCAUUUUUUUAUGAACCAUACCAGGGAGCCAUUCAGGGCCCUGAAGAGUUUGUGGAGGGCAUGGCACUUGGAUUGAAGGCACUUGUUGGGGGAGCUGUUGGUGGGCUAGCUGGUGCUGCCUCUAAAAUCACCAGUGCUAUGGCUAAAGGGGUUGCAGCUAUAACUAUGGAUGAAGAUUACCAACAGAAGAGAAGAGAAGCUAUGAAUAAGCAACCAGCUGGUCUCAGAGAAGGAAUAACUCGUGGAGGAAAAGGCUUAGUUUCUGGAUUUGUAAGUGGCAUAACAGGAAUUGUUACAAAACCAAUCAAAGGAGCUCAAAAAGAAGGAGCGACUGGUUUCUUUAAAGGUGUUGGAAAAGGUUUAGUUGGAGCAGUGGCAAGGCCAACUGGAGGCAUCAUUGACAUGGCUAGUAGUACGUUUCAGGGAAUAAAAAGAGCAACAGAAACUUCUGAUGAGGUGGAGAGUCUACGACCCCCUCGGUUCUUCAAUGAAGAUGGAGUGAUCAGACCAUACAGGUUGAGGGAUGGUACUGGAAAUCAAAUGUUGCAGGCAUCAAAAAGUUUGAUAUGAAAACAGUAAAUACAUGCAUGACUUUGCAAGUGAAAGCCAACAAUAGAUUUUAGCUUAAAAUUUUACAAACUGUGUACCUCUGUUUCAGUAUUUUGAAUACAAAGAAAAAGCUUUUGUAAUGGUAACUUAUAUAGGAAUUUUAGUGAACUUCAUUUUUUUAUAGGAUCUUUGUAGUUCUGUGAUGUAUUUGUCAGAUUUUCUAGAAGCCAGUGUGCCUUAAGGUACCCUCACAAUUGACGGUGCUUACUUAGCCAAUUAGACUAUGUUUGUCUAAGAUACUUCCUUCUAUUUAUUAAACCACCAAUAGCUUUUAUACCCGAUGUAGUGUUUAUAUCCAAUUAGGUGUGUGGGGGGGGAUGGGGAUCAAAACCAUUGCUACUAUGAAUUAUUCAUGAGUUCUUGUUUUUCUCUUGAAGAUACUCUUAAUAACCAUAACCCUCUUUAUACUUUAUGCUUCUAUAGUUAAUUUAAAACCUUGUGGAAUUUAAGCAGUUUAUAUGAAAGCCAUUAUCUUUAUGAAGGAAAAUUAGCUUUCGGAACAGGCAGGUUGAAGCUGGAAUAUUGAAUCCAUUUUAACAACCUAAUUACUUUAGACUCUUUAAAAUCUUGAUUAUGGUAUAACUAACAUCAAUAUAAAGACAUUUCUGCUGUUCAGAUGUUGAAUAAUAAACCAUUUAUUUGAAAACAGACGAGUCAUACAAACUUAAAAACAUUUGUGAUAACAGUAUAAUGUGUGACUUCAGCCCUGCAGACUAGAUAUUUUAAAUGUGUUCGGGUUUAAAUGAGAUGAAUAAAAAACUUAAAACUUUAAUAUUUUAGCCAUUACAUCAGAGGGGUUUUUGUACUUUUACCAAAUAUAGUGAAAUAGAACUGUGUAGUGUACAGUGACUUUUUAUUGUUUUUAAAAUGGUUUUAAAACAUUAAAAGAAUUAAAUUUGGGGACAGAAAUGGUAUUCUGGGGAGGGAUUGUGUUCUGAAGAGUAUAUUGUAGUCUCUAAAAUGACAGUGUAUUAGUCUUUGGAAAUAUUACCAAAGUCACUUAUAUUACAACAGUUGAAACAUUUCUGCUCUUUAGCCUAACUUUACUUGUUACAACAUAGUUAAAAUUUUACUGUUAUUUUACUAGACUGAAUAGUUAACCUUAUGGCCUUUGAGAUGCUACUAAAUUUCAUAUUUAAAAAAGACAUGAGAGAAAAAAAUGCUUAGUUUAGUUAUCAACUUUAGUGACAGUUUUAUUCUAUGUCUUCAGUAAUUUUCUAGUAUUUUAAAGUUUGAGAUGUAAAGGCAGUAUAACUCUUGGACUGUUUUUUGAUAUGCAUAUUACUUUUUGUAGGCCAAUCUUAGUAUUGAUUUCUAAAAGAGCUAUUCUGAUGACUAAAAAUCUCAUUCCUUGUCAGUUAUUUUUCAAUUAGAGUUUUAAGCCCAGUAAUAACUAUCUAUAGAAAUUCACCAGAUCUUAGUGUUUUUGGUUGGCAUUAUUUCCUUAUAGGUUUAAGAAGGGGUUGUUGAAAGUUGUGUUUGUUAUUGUUUUUAAUUAAACGGCUGCAGUAUUAUUAGCAAGCAUUUUAAGAUCUAUGAAUACCAGUACUGUGGAAAAAAGCUAGAUGACAUAUAAAUGGAAGUUUUAAAUCUCAUCAUCUUGGCAUAAAGUGUGUUUUUUAUCCAUACACUAUUGGUAGUACAAUAUCAUAGUGCUUCAUAGGAGUCAAAUUGAACUUGUCUCCUAGAGAAAUAGAGUAAUGGAUAUCUAUUUUUAUGGUGAGUUUAUAUGAAUAGAGAUUAGACUUAGGUUUAUUAGACUGCGGAAUAUUGUCUAGAGUCACUGCUCUAUACUCAACUGAAAAAUAUAACAAUUAUUCUGACUCCUUAAACAUUCUUUACUUAACAUGUAUGCAAUAUAUUAUUAACUAACCUUUGUGCUUCUUUUUUCCCCUUUGCCAUGCUUACAGAAAAUUCAUGUCUACAGGGAGAGGAUUAUUGUUCACAGUAGCAGUAGUGACGAUGAUGUUUAGUCAGAUCUUAAAUGUUAAAAUUCAUAUGUUUUUGUCACUUUGUUUGGAAUAUUUCAAUAACAUAUUAUGGAUGACUGCUACUAUAACAUCCAUAUGUUCAUUUUUAGGGAGGUAAAAUACUUUUUCAUUUAAAAUGUUUUGCUGUGCAUCUUCAGAAAGCAAAAUAAUUUAGGCAUCUAUCUUGACUUAUGUUAAAAAUUUUGCUUAUAUUGAACUUAGAUUGUAAUAGACAGUUUUUCAGCUUUUAAUGUACCGUAAUUUAGGUUUACCAAAAUUUUAUUUCUGGAAAUCAUUAUUUUGAUGCUGUUGAAAAUGACUGUUUUAAAUUUUGAAUGUAUAACUAAGAAAUUAUCAGUUCUGUUGAUAGUUCCACCUGUCUGGCAUUCAUUCAAGUUAAAUAGAAAUCAAGGUCAUGUGUACUAACAAUGAACUACAUGUGAAUGUCAAAAAAUUCAAUUAUUGUUUUCAUCAAAAUAGUAAUUCUUGUCUUUUUUGAAAUGAGUAAAUAAAAAAUUCAUCAUUUUACUUGUAUCAAAGAUAAUUUGUAUUUAUUAUGCAUUCAUUCCUCUGUCACUCUUGACUAGAACCAAAGCUUGCUGAUUAUAGUAGGAGCUAGAAAGGACACAGUCUAUAGUUAUGUAUAGUGUAUGCCUGAGGAAGGAAAAGCCUCAGAUUGUCGAUAUUGACUUCUUACUUUCCAACUUUGCCAGGCACAAGACCUUUCUAAAAGGGAAAAUGCUACACUAAUUGUUUGCAAGGCAUUUACUGAGUUUCCUGUGGUUAUUCUGUCACAUAUGAGUCUAUGAUACAGAUUUCCUAAAGAUCAUCUAAGAAUUUAUCUGGAAAAAAUUUCUGGAUAUUUCAACAGUUGACAUAUCACUUUAAUGAAAAAAAAAAUUGGAGGUAGGAUUACAUUUGUUUAAAAAUCUUAUGACCAGUAAAAUACUCAGUUCAAUAAGUAAGCAUUAUUCAUGUAGUCUUAACUGAGACUUCAUUAGGUCUUUAGCACCACCUGAAAAUGAAAUGUUCGUUAACAGUAUUAAUUGUCUGUUAUUUCUGCUUGUUUUCCUGUCACAGUAAAAUAGUUUUUUCAAGCUUCUUUGAGCACAGGUAUUACAUUUUUUAGUUUAAAAAUUAUGUUGUAGGGCCAGGGAGAUAGUUUGCUUGGUACAACAUGUGCUUUAUUACAUACAGAGCCCUGGGUUUGAGCCCUAGCACCUCAUGGGAGCAUCACAGCACCAGAAAAAUCUCCAAGAUGGCAGAAUAAUGACAUAGGGUGUUUCCUUCUUCUCCUCCUCAUCUCCUCUCUCUCCCCCCUCCCUAAAAUUGAAAGAAAAAGAAGCAAAGAAUCAACCCAAGGGCAUUGGAAUCAUGCAUGUGCAAGACCCAGGAUCUCAAAAACAAGACAAGAUGGUUAUAUUGCUUUUAUUCAAGCAAAGCCUAAGACUGAGAAUUGUUCUUUUGUUUAUCCUAGUGUUCUCUUAUUAUUUUUAUUAGUGACAUACAGUAUCUUAUACAGUUAAAAGAUUUUAGUAGUACAAUUUCACACUCACAUAUGGUAUAAGUUGCCAUACCUAUACCCACCUCACACCCCCAUAGCAUCAGUGUUUAGUUAAUGAAAAUACAGAUCAGGACAAAAAUAUCUAAACCAUAUAUAAAAUGAGCCAACAUUUAAUAUUUUAAUGAGAUGAAUUGUUCUUUUCCUUAUCAGUGAUUCUAUAGUUAAUUAGAACUUUGUAAAUGAAAGUAUUCAUCUAGGAAGAGUGUCUCAAGAGAGCUGUCUUUGAAAGUUUGACUAUGUAAUAGCCUAUCUUUCUCUAGCCAUUAGUUUUAUUUAUCCAUUCAUAUUUCUACAUGAUCACUGUGUUUGUCAAAAAGGAAGAGAGUUCUCCCCACUAAGGGAGUAAUCACUUUUUUCUUUUCUUUUUUUUACUAUUGGGUCAGGCUGACACUUAAAUCCUGAAAGCUGUCAGAAAGGAAAAUUUGUAAAAUCCCAGAAACUAGGCAAUGAGCCCUAUGAAUAAAUAAGUAUGUAAGAACUUGUAAAUGAAAUUAAUUAGUGAUCACUUUGAAAAGAUAGACAUCCUGAAUAUAAUUGCUAAUUUUUAAUUUUCAUUAUAGGAAAUUAAAGGAAAUCCAAAUAAGCCAGUUUGUCUUUGUUUAAAAAAAACACAAGAUUUUAUAUAUUUUUCCUUUUGAAAUAGCUCAGAAUUCACAUCAUGUUGUGAUAAGAUUUCAAAAUUAUGUUCUUAAAAUGACAUAUUGAGCCAUUGUAUAUCAGUGAUUAGGACAUCAGUGUUGACUGUGGAAAAUAAUGGAAUAAUAUCUACAUGCCGGUGUGAUACACUACUGAAUGAAGACUACUGUAAUAUUCUGAUAGAAGUCCUGUGGUGAAAUUUUGCUUUAAACUUUUGUAUGACAAUAGGAAGGAUUGCCAGAAGGAACUAUCCCAACUGUUAUAUAUACAGUAUUAAUUGUAUCAUUGCACUCUGCUGUUGUAUCUUCAAGCCUUGUUUUUAUACAGAUUUUAAAAAAAUAUUACCUUUUGUUGCCCUUGUUA